CGAGACUUUUCUUCUCCACUUGCUGUCCUCAGUUCUGAUGACACUCAGUGCGCAGAACGUCCAGCAGUGUGCCAUACAGCCAGGUAGCGAGUGCCACUGCAGGCGCGCGCAGAAUGUCGGACGAAGAGAGCCGCGUACAGGCUGCGCGCCGGCAAGAUGACGAGGCUUCGCCGCGCAGUUCGGACGAAGGGGAGGAUCUGAACAAUGAGCAAGGAGACAUUGUCGGCUCCGGCAAGGGGAGCGAUGAAGAUUCUUCAGAGGAGGAGGAGGAAGAUGAAGAGGAGGCUCGCCGAGUAGCAGAGGGCUUUAUCGUCGAUGAAGACGAGGAUGAGGAUGAGGACGACGAGGAAGAACGAAAGCGACGCCACAGGGAGCGGCGAAAGGAAAAGAGAAAGCAACAGGAAGAAGAAGACGAGGCUCUAGAUGAGGAGGACCUGGAGCUGGUUGCAGAGAACACUGGCCGCAAGAGGCGAAAGGAUGCAAAGCGUCUCAAGAGAUUCCGUCGUGGGUCAGCAUCUCCAACAACAAAGCGCGUUGAUGUCGCAAAAGACCUUUCCAAGAUCUUUGAUGACAGCGAUGAGGAGAUGCCAACACUUGCCGAUGCAAUCCAAGCUGGCCUCUCGGCUGGUCGCAAGAGCAAGGCGGUUGAUUACGCAGACGAUGACGAUCUGGACGAUUUUAUCGACGAUGACGAUAUGAGCCAGGAGAACCUCGAUGAGGACGAGAGGGAGCAACUCCGCCUGGAAAGGAAGGAGCAGAAGAGGCGUCAAAAGGCUGCUGGCAAGGCCCUCGGCAUGGAUCCGUCAAAGGUUGGCUUUGAUCGCGAGUCCUGGGAGGCCCUGCAUGAAGUCUUUGGACGCGGAGAUGACUACGAAUGGGCGAUGGAGGCCGGGAGCGAAGGAGAAGAAGACGAAGCAACGGGUGGCAAAAAGAAGAUCACCUACAAAGAUGUCUUCGAACCUGCACAGAUUGCAGCAAAGAUGCUCACAGAGAAGGACGAAACGAUCCGACGUCUCGAUUUGCCCGAGCGUAUCCAGCUUUCCCUUCCCUCUGGCACUGGGAUCGAGCUGCUCGACAAGCAGCUGCAAGGCGAAGAGCUCGACCAAGCGGCGGUGUGGGUCAGCACCCGCAUCUCACGACGCUGCAAGCGCUUCUUCCUCGAUGAGGACGCGUCAGAGCGCGAAUACUACCCACAGUGGCUUGAAUGCAUCAGGCUCAUGAUCUCGCUUGUCCUUAAUGAAGGUCUGGAAGCGCCAUAUCUCUACGCUCACAGGUACGACGAACUGGAACUGCGCACAGUAGAGCGCGAUAAUAUCGAAAGCAUAAACAGGGUCAGGAGGAUUCCAUUGCUAAUGGAGCGCGAGUUGCACUCUCUUGUGGAUGCCGCACUCAAGUUCCGGACGCUCAUCGUCAGAAAGGACUCGCUGCGCAAGCUUUUCGUUAAGAUCCACGCGCUUGAAAUGAAUCUGAGCGAGGAGGAGGCGGAGGACUUGACAAGCACGAUCACAGGAGAAAAGUUCUUAAUGCUUCUCAAAUCGGCCAACAGCCUGGAGGAGGUGACAGACUUGACGGAGUACCUUGCGAUGCGGUACGGUCAGAAGAUGCGCGACAUUCAAGCACUCGAACAGCGCAGUCUCGACAACUUCGCUGGCGGAUCCGACAAAGAACUUCAGCUGGCAACGAAAGCCACGGCUACGUACAAAAAGUCUAGUCUGGUCGGCGAGUAUGAGAAGAUUAAAGACAGCGCGGUGUGCGAGUUCGCUGGGCGAUUUGGGCUGUCCACCGACGAAGUCGCCGAGAAUAUUGCCAACAGGCACAAGGUCCACUACACCGAAGAUGAGAUGAUUGACCCGCAGCAGGCCGCAGAAGGGUUCAUCGGAGGGCCUUUUGCCACCGCUGAUCUUGUAAUGAAGGCCGGGAAGAUGCUCUUGGCGCACGAGAUUGGCAAGCACCCGCUGGUUCGGAAAGAAGUUCGCGCGUGGUUCAAAGCGCACGCCGAAGUUGCAAUUGAACCAACUGAACGUGGUGUUGCCAAGAUUGAUGAACAGCAUCAGUACCACAACUUCAAGUAUCUACGGGCCAAACCCGUGGCGGAGUACCUAGCGCCGCCACCGGCGCCACCGGCGCCGCUACCUGCAGAGAAUGGGGUGCCGGUCAAAACGCCUCCAAAGCCCAUUGCUUCGCAAGUACAAUUUUUGCUCGCACUGCAGGCCGAGUCAGAGACCCUGAUCCGGAUGACGGUCGAGCUACCUGCAGACAAGGCGGAAGAGCUCAACAACACCCUUGCCGAUGGUUGGGUUAGCGAUGGGAUCAGCAGCGUCAGCCAAAAGUGGAACAGCCUGCGAAGAAGCAUCAUCGAACAGGCUUUGAAGACUGUGUUGCUGCCGAUGGGAAAUGUUUGGAUCCGAGAAUGGCUGCGUGAAGAGUGCAGAGAGUUCAUUGCUCGUCGAUGCGAGGGCGAGCUCGCAAAAAGAAUCAGCGUCAGACCUUACACUUCCCUCAGCAUGAAGGCUCGCGCAAGCAAGGAGGACAUGGAAGAAGACGAAGAAUCCAACCCGAGCGUCCCAAAGGUGAUGGCUGUGUCGCAUGGCAAUGGCGCUCCUCACAAGGACCCUAUACAAGUGGUUGUUCUUGACUCAUUAGGACGAAUGCGCCGAUCCGCCCGCUUUGCGCACAUUCGACCCCCCAUUCGCAACAACUUUGAGCCUUACACCCACUCGCGCGAGCCCAUUGACGAUCCUCGGGCGGAGUUUCUCGCACUAGUCAAACAAUUCCAACCGGACGUUAUCGUCGUCAACGGCUUCAGCCCGCGAACGAUUCAACUGCGCGAGGAGAUCCGCUCAGUAGCGACAGAGGCGUCUGGGGAACUUGCAAGGGAGUAUGAGGAUGGUCAAGACCACGAAACAUUGACCCAUAUCGACGUUAUUCACACUUUUGACGACAUUGCAAGGAUUUACCAACACAGCCAACGGGCCGCAGAGGAGUACCCGGAACUUACAUUGCUCGGCCGCUACUGUUUGGCGCUGGCACGCUAUGUGCAAUCCCCAUUGCAAGAAUUCGCUGCUUUGGGCGAAGACUUGACGGCCAUCAACUUGAACGAGCACCAGCGUUUGGUUCCCAAAGACAUGCUUCAAGCACACCUUCAGACUGCCUUGGUCACGGCCGUCAACGAAGUCGGUGUCCGCGUCAACAAAGCACUUUCCGAUUCAUAUUACCAACACCUACUGCAGUAUGUCGCCGGGUUUGGGCCAAGAAAAGCAGCUGGCUUCAUCCGCAACGUGAAUGCCACCAUGGACGGUAGAGUUAUCAACAGGGUUUCCCUGAUGCAGAACGAUGUGAUUGGUGCUCGUGUUUGGACCAAUUCGGCAUCCUUCUUGCGCAUCGAGCAAAUCGAAGACUCUGCCGAUCCUGAGGAAAGCGUUAUUGGCCAGCCAGACAUCUUGGACACCACCAGAAUUCACCCGGAGGACUACGACUAUCCUCGCAAAAUGGCCGCUGACGCGCUGGGCAAAGACGAAGAAGAUUUGGAAGGUAUUCAUGCCUCAGAGCCUUGCAAGGAGCUCAUGGAGAGGGAGGACGUGAAGGCAAAGCUUAGCACCCUAGAUCUCGACAACUAUGCCGCCAUGCUCGAGUCAGAGCAUGGACUGCGAAAACGGACCACCUUAGCACUGUGCUACAACGAGCUUAUUUCGCCGUAUGGCGAUCAACGCCUAGAGUACGUCUUGCCGACCGAAGAUGAGAUCCUCACUAUGCUCACAGGCGAAACAAAGCGCACGAUCGACGUCCAGCUCAUCAUUCCCGUCAAAAUCAUCAAAAUCAUGGAUCGAGGCCGUCGAGAUGGAGUGGAACCUGACUAUCCAUUCCUCAUCAUUCGUCACGAGUCAGGCCUUGAAGGCGAGGUUUACGCACCCAAUGCGAUCGACACAUGGAUGCAGAUUGGUCAGCCGAAGCUGUCAUCCCGCUUUUCUGUGGGUCAGACUGUGGAUGCGGUGAUUAGCCAAAUUCGGUACGAUAGCCUUCGCCUCGAGCUUGCAACAAUCGAAUCCUGGGUGCAGGGACAAGGAAGAGAGAUGGACGCUAAGUGGCGCGCAACCCCAACAGAUCCGAAGUACUUUGACACGCUAAGGAACGAGUCUGCGGUCAGGACCGAGGCCGCACGUCGCGCCAAGCAGAAGGGUAGUAUCGUGCGCUUGAUCAAGCAUCCGCGGUUCCACUACGUGAAAUCUGGUAAGGCAGAGGAAAUGCUCGCAAAUGACGUGGAUGGGGCUGUGAUCAUCCGCCCAAGUUCGCGCGGGAAUGAUCAUCUUGCACUCACCUGGCGUGUAUUCAAAGGUGUCUACCAACAUCUUGAUGUCCUGGAACUCAAGAAGGAAGACGAGUACACUCUCGGCAAGGAACUCAAAGUCGGGGAUGCGAUUUACUCAGACCUCGAUGAGCUUAUCGUCGGCCACAUUCAACCAAUGCAUCAGAAAGUGCAAGAGAUGGUCAAUCACGAAAAGUUUAAGGAAUCGGAGGAGGAGCUGAACGCAUUUCUCACUAAGUAUUGUCUCGCCAAUCCAGACAGCUCACAAUACGGCUUCACCAUCGAUCCAAAACACGCGGGUUAUUUCAAGCUCUCAUUCAAGCCAAAGAAGGAAAAGCCGAUCCAGUCCUGGAUGGUCAAGGUGCUGCCAGGCUUCUUCAUGAUGAACAAAGGCAAGCUUCCCGAUGUCCCUACGCUAUGCAACGCAUUCAAGACUCAAUACGUCUCCAAAACGAUGCCGCAAAACACGACCGGUCGCACGCCACUCUAUGGUGGGAGAACGCCCAAUGCGAUGCAUGGACGAACGCCACUGCACGGCGGCAAAAGUCCGAAUCCGGCCUAUGCCGUGUAUCGGCCAGCGCCUCCACCUGGAGCACCUCCCGGCCCUCCGCCUGCAGGCUACCCUGUGCAUCCAGGCGCGCCGCCGCAAAUGCCAAUGCAUCCAGGUCUACCGCCACGGAUGCCGCCGCCUGGAUUCCCAGCGUCAGGGCGUCCCAACAUGCACCCCACACGAUACGGUUGAGACGUGGGAUCGCGUAGUGAUAAGGUUGGAUCGAUGCUGUAUUGUACACGUGUGCCAUUGGCUUCUCAUUUAAUGCUAGUGGAGUCGCCGCGU